UCCCUAUUAUUACAUGACAAUAGUCGUUGGGUCAUCUCGGAACUGGGGAAACGGUACACGAAAUGGAUUCUUCACAAAGAUCCUGACAAACGGCGGUUGUGCUUAUAUUCCAGCAGAGUUUCGUUCAGUCUUAGACGGUAGUUCUUGUUAAAGCAUUGAUCACGGCGGAUUGGCGUCGCUAGCAGAAAGACCGCGGUCUGCACUACGCUGCUCUGAUUUACGAAUUUCAAUAUAAGAAAUUGGUCCGAGACAAUGAGCGAUCCUGUUGCUAUUCGAGUUCUCAUCGACGAUGGCACGCCGCGAAUGUCGUUUCCUUUCCGAAUUCAUCUUUCCUUGACGGUCUUUCGACUGAAACAAAUGAUAGAGGCGCAAGAGGGCUUUACUGUUGGAGAACAAGAUGUUUUCUUUCACGGAAAUCCGCUUCAAGACAAUCUCACACUAGGACAGCAAGGAAUUAUGGAGGAUACCCAACUUGAUAUUCGAGUUAAUUUUCAAGACAUUCCGUCUCCAACAAGAAAGAAGGGAAGCACAUCAACAUCUGAAGAUUGUGUUGUACCAGAUAUUGAUGAUGAAGAUAAUGUGUUUAACUUUGAACAGCCAAGAGUGCCAGCUGAUCCAAGAAUGUGGAACAAAUGGGAAGUGAUGGAGUGGCUGAAAUGGGCAACAGAGAGAUACAGCAUACGGGAUGUAACAGCUGACAAAUUCUUGAUGAAUGGGAAAGGCUUGUGUAUGCUUGGUGUGGAUGGUUUCCUCUACAGAGUUCCCCGAGGGGGUGAUGUUCUUCACAGUGAUUUUAACAAACGUGUGACGGCAGCAGUGGAACAGUCGCGCCAUAUGCAGAGCUAUCUUAAUCCUGGUGCAUCGAACUUCUACUACGUGUAUUGAAGAGACAAGAUAAUUUAUUUGAAAAAGUACAGACUAUUGAAAAGAGUAUGAUAUAAUGCAGGCAACCACAAGUCAGGGCUGCAGCUUAUAAAGAAUGUACACUAAUUAUUUAAAAAAAAUUGCUAUUUGUAUAUAUUGUGCAUUUGGAAUGGGUUUGCCUUAAUGCGCUCAAAUUCACAGUUCAUGUAGUUAUAAUGGUCAAGAUUUGGUUACAGCUUUUGAAUAUCAUUGUAUUUUAUGAAGACCAAUUUCUGAAAAUGGGCUGGGGUUAAUUUAUUUAACAAAAAGAUUUUUUAAGAUCUGUUUUUACUCUGGGGCCUAACUCUGCUCAUUAUGAAUGACAAUGUGAAUUCACUUGUCGACAAGACAAGCUGAUGUGAAAAAUAUUAUGUUGUUAGAAAGAUGCAUCUUUUCUCUUUUCGUGUAACCUUUUAUACAGGUAAAACUUUGCAUCAUUGCUUUAAUUGUAAGAUCUGUGUGUUUAUUCUGUUUAGUUUUCUUGUAAGGAUAACUUUUGGAAGCCAUAGAUCAUAAGAGUCAGACGUAAUAGUAAUGUUGAAGGAAUGCUUUGAACCUUGGGAGUGAUCAACAGUAUUCUCCUUGUUAAAGUGGUAACUGGGAAAAUUUACAACCUUUAACCUCUCCUUAGGAAUUCUUGAAAAUUCAACAGGUUAAUGACUGCUCUAUCCAUUUGAAAACUUACUUAACCUGUCGUGCUUGAAAUCUGAGAGAAUGAUGUAUCAGAGUCAAAUUUUUAUGAUUAUUUUAGUCACUAUCAGCUAGUGUAUUGGUAACAGUAGAUCCUUAGUUCAAUCCAGUAAUGCAUGAGAGUGAAUAUGUUUAGAGUUUAGAAAAGGUAGAGCUGUGUUCUGUGGCUAGCCACUUACUAGAGUUUUGUGUAUGCAAACGUGAAUCCAGUGUAAGUUACUGACAGAUAACUAGACCCAUUAUUCUUAACCAUGGCGUUCUGGAGAUCUCUUUGAGGAUUAAGACCAUCCAGAAAUUUCUCCAUCUUUACCAGAGCUUGAGAAGGGUAGAUAAAAAACUGUAGUAAAGAUGGAAAAGUUUACAGUUCAAGCACCAGCGUAGUUCACUUUUAUUACUUCUUUCAGUAUUAUUAUAGUUCCAAAGCUUUUAGUGGUAACAUAGCCUUACUAAAUUUUUGUUCUCACUCGCUUCUUGCAAAGUAUGGUACAAGCUGAUGUACUUGUGUAGUAAAAGUAAUAUUCUGCUUGGAAGAAACAAUGUGUAUAUGAAUUGAAGCUAAAAGAUCUGCUGUAAAUUUUAGCAUUAAAUUUUAAGUGAAUUAUAAUCUCGAAAAAUAUGGAAAGCCCAAACAAUUGAAAGAGCUAAGUAAUUAUAGAAGAAGAAAAUGAAAAGUCAUUGCAUUUCCAAAAUUUAUCUUCAAAGUUGCACCCUUGCACUUCACAGCAAAGAAGUAUUCUUUAAUCUUCAAACUGUUUUCUUUAAAAAAAGAAAGACUAGUUUAUAUGUGCAGUUGUUAAACAACGGACAUUUUAUCUACGUGACAUUCAAAGCAUGGUAAAUUGCUGGGCCAGAUUGUAUUUCAAUGAAACAGAUAAUAAAUUUUUUAUUGGUUCUUCUU